UCCCUUAACACACGUAGUUCGCCAGGUUUUCCCCCAACACCAAUCCACUCUUCCCCUCCUUUUCUCUCGACUCCCGUCUCCAUGGUCCCCACCCCGGAUUCCCGUGAAAUUUUCCCAAUCCAACACUUAAUUGAGCAACUGGGAUUCCUCACGUGCGGGGUUGAUUUUAGUUUGAACACGUGGCUCAUUCAAAAAAGCCGGAAUAUCCUCUUUUUUUCCUUCCCCCUUCUUCAUAUUGGUUUUAUUCAGAGGCGGGCACGAGCCUUAACGUGUAUGAAUUUCUCUGUCUCUUUGCCAAGGGGUUUGGAGGAAGACAAAAAAGUCGCGUCUCCUCCUUUUUCACUCAGUCAGCUAUCGUUUUGGAGAGACGGAAUAAAUAAUUAAGAUUAUAAUUUGUUUUAUGCGCGAUAUAGAAGGGCGAGUAAGCGCAAACGCGACGUGGUUGCCCGUCAAAUAUAUCUGUGGCUUCAACUACUGGGGGAAGCACGCCACCGCCACUCCGUUGUAGUAAGGCGAUUUUGGCGACUCAAAACACUGCACACCCGAGAGAGCAAAUCACGAUUUCCUUCUGCGUAAAGAUUGUCAAUUUCAGCGCAGAACAUGAAUAAGCUGUACAUUGGAAACGUGAGCGAAGAGGCGAGUGCCGAGGACUUGGAAACUAUCUUUGAGCAGUGGAAGAUUCCGCACAGUAGUCCGUUUCUCGUCAAAACUGGUUAUGCGUUUGUGGAUUGCCCCGAUGAAAAGAUUGCAAUGAUGGCCAUCGACAUUCUUUCAGGUAAAGUUGAACUACAUGGAAAACUCCUAGAAGUGGAGCACUCGGUCCCUAAACGUCAAAGGAGCUGUAAGCUGCAGAUCAGGAACAUCCCGCCUCAUCUGCAGUGGGAGGUUCUGGAUGGCAUGUUGGCCCAGUAUGGCACAGUGGAGAACUGCGAGCAAGUAAAUACAGACACAGACACCGCAGUGGUCAACGUCCGAUACGGUGCCAAGGACCAGGCCAGACAGGCGAUGGAGAAGCUGAAUGGCUUCCUGAUGGAGAACUUUGCCCUGAAGGUGUCGUACAUCCCCGACGAGACGGCGGCGGCUGCUGCCACCCCGCCCCUGGGAGGGGGUAAAAGGGUCUCGGUCCCCCGUGGCCCUACCCGCUCGGGUUCCCCAGGCCUGGGGGCGCGCCCCAAACUGCAGUCGGACGUCCCUUUGCGCAUACUCGUCCCCACACAGUUUGUAGGAGCCAUCAUCGGCAAGGAGGGAGCCACGAUUCGCAAUGUCACCAAACAGACACACUCAAAGAUCGACAUCCACAGGAAGGAGAAUGCUGGAGCGGCAGAGAAGCCCAUCACGGUCCACUCCACCCCAGAGGGCUGCUCCAACGCCUGCAGAACCAUCAUGGAGAUCAUGCAGAAGGAGGCCCUCGACACCAAGUUUACUGAGGAGAUUCCGCUGAAGAUUCUGGCUCACAACAACUUUGUGGGCCGACUGAUCGGGAAGGAAGGACGGAACCUAAAAAAGAUUGAAGUGGACACAGAGACCAAGAUCACCAUCUCCCCUCUCCAGGACCUAACGCUGUACAACCUUGAGAGGACGAUCACAGUGAAGGGUUCCAUCGAGGCGUGCUCCCGCGCCGAGGAGGAAGUCAUGAAGAAGGUCAGGGAGUCGUAUGAGAACGACGUGGCCGCUAUGAACCUCCAGUCUAACCUGAUUCCAGGACUCAACCUGAAUGCCUUGGGUUUGUUCCCUGGUGGUGCUCCAGGUAUGGGCCCCUCCAUGGGACACAACGCCCCACCUCCUGGUGCCCAGGGUGGCUACUCCUCAUUCGGGAGCAGUUCCUUCGGGGGCGAAGGGCCAUUGUGGGCGUCUGUGCUGUCGGCGAGCAGCCAGCCCCUCUCUGGCCAGGGGCAGCCGGAGUCGGAGACGGUCCAUCUGUUCAUCCCGGCGCUGGCGGUCGGAGCAAUCAUCGGAAAACAGGGUCAACACAUCAAGCAGCUGUCACGCUACGCCGGAGCAUCCAUCAAGAUCAGUGCAGAUGAAGUCAGCGUCGUAGAUGCAAACCAGGUAGCCCCUCCAGAAGGCAUGGACACCAAGCAGAGGAUGGUGAUCAUCGCUGGACCACCAGAGGCCCAGUUCAAGGCUCAGGGUCGUAUCUUUGGGAAGCUAAAGGAGGAGAACUUCUUUGGGCCGAAGGAGGAGGUGAAACUAGAGGCUCACAUCAAGGUGCCCUCCUUCGCUGCUGGACGUGUCAUAGGCAAGGGAGGCAAAACGGUGAAUGAGCUGCAGAACCUGACCAGUGCUGAGGUAGUGGUCCCCAGAGACCAGACGCCUGAUGAGAAUGACCAGGUCAUCGUCAAAAUCACUGGACACUUCUAUGCAAGCCAGCUGGCCCAGAGGAAGAUCCAGGAGAUAUUGUCCCAGGUGAGACGGCAACAACAGCCCAAACCCUCGCCCCGCGGGGAGGGGCCGCCCCUCGCCCGCCCCUCCCGGAAGUAGACGGGGGGGCCAGUGACUGAACCGCCUGAAGACAAAGCAGAGACCAGAGGGGAAACACGGGCAUCAAGGGUCAUGGGUACCCUACUGUACACCCCCACCCCCCUCUCAGUGACCUCCUCGACCGACACACCACAGUGUGGAUAAGACCUUAAACCCCCCCCCCCCCAUCACCUCACCUCUCUGAGAAUGUAUUUCAGGGGGUUCCAACGUUGUCACGCACCCUCUCACCACACGGAUGGGUCCUGAUUGGUUCCUCAUUCGUUUAAGAAAGAAAUAAGAAUUAUCCCCUUCCCUGGUGUGGUAACACUCAACCACCUCACAUGUUGAUGACAGGUGUUCAUUUUGACACAAGUUUCAGUUUUUACCUUUUUUUAUUUAGUAUUUUGUUUUUCGCCCUGGAUGAGGUGUUUGUUUAAUUGGUUGAUGAAGCUUUCUCUCCUGAGUUUUCUGUGGCAAGAAAAAGGCAUUGCUUGGAGUCCUGGUAGGAUGAUGAGGGGGGAGGGGUUUAGAUGGAGUGGCAGGGCUAGGGGUAAUACUCUUGUUUGAUUGGACAGGGGCCCCGGUGGUGGUUUAACCGGGUGCCCCUGUGCCGGUGUUGAUAGUGGCAUUUUAUAAAUUCGGAUGCAUUUUAUAGAUAUAUAAAUAUAUUUAGAGUUGAGGAUAACACUGUCGUUAACACUUAAGGGACGUGUUGAACAGUGUUGGCCAGGAAAACCAAUUUAAUAUGCAUUUUACUGAACUACCUCAGGAUCUCUAGUACCUCAAGAAGAUGAAGAUUAAAAAAAAAAAAUGGAUUAUAUAUAUAUAAUAUAUAUAUGAGAAAAACAGUUAUUUUAUUUUUUAUUUUGCUUUGUGGUAUUUUGUAUACUUUAUAAAGCUAAUAGUUCUUGAACAUUUUUAUUUUUUUAAGAAAAUUAAACAUUUGGUCGGCUGCCAACUGACCUUGCCUUCAACUCUAGCGCUCUCCGGCGGCAUCAACGUGUACGAUGUCUGUGUGUGACGACGGUGGCCCUGUACAUAAAGUCUGUCUGUACACACUGCCCAGGGCAGAGUUGGGGCCCUACUCAGUUGGCUGUUGAUUGGAGUAUCGAGAGAAAAUAAAUCGCCUCAGUUUUCCUGAUGAAUCCACCAUCUUCUGAAAACUACAAAAAAUAACGACUAUAUUAGAGUAAUGCCGAUUCAUGCCAACCGUACAUACUGCAGCGACGCCGUUUCGUUUUGGGGUUCUGACACUUAUUGUUGAUGGUACGUUUAAUUUUUCACACUUAAUGUUUUUUCUUCUGCCUUCUGCAAUGGGAUAGCACGCAAUGGAUGGGCCUGAGCACUGAGUUCUCUAUGUAGCCAUCAUAGAAAUAGACAUGGAAGAGCUGUUGGUCUGUUGGUUGUAUUUCUGUUACCUGUUUAGGCCUUGAACCAUCAUCAUAGUCUGAAAUGGCACCCUAUUUCCCAUAGUGCUCCAAGUUGUGCAAUGGGGAAUAGGGUGCAAUUUGGAAGUUACCCCAGGGUUCUGACAGGCUAAAGUGCAGUCCACAGCCUGACUAGGUUUUAUUUAAUUUUUUUCAUAGAGCGAGCUUGGCCAUGUGUGGUGGCCCCAGUAGCCACCAAGUUGGUCUGUUAGUGUCAUUCACUGCAUGGUGAAGGUAGGGGGGAUUCACACUGAUGGAUGCUUUUAUUGCUAUAGAAUCUACUGUAACUGUUUAACCAGCAGCAGCAGCUGUAACCUUGAUUUGAAGUGAGAGAACGCAGUUAAAAUUAGUAUUCAUUACAAAAAGCCAAGAGGCACACAAAAACAUUUACUAAAUAAACCCUGAUUGGGACGAGGAAUAUCAGUUUAAAAAAUCCAACGACGAAAUACUAUACCAAGUUUAUCCUUUUUUUUAUGCAGAAUGUAAAUGUUUUGAUUUUGGUAAAAGUGUUUGAGUGUAUCCAUUCUUCCACAAUAGAACGCCGUCUACCUCAGCUGAGGGGGGGUUUGUGGCGGCAUGCGCCCUCACCCCGCCUAGCGCCCACGCGCUCGCUGCGAUACCUCAGUCCCCCCGCAACACUUCUCUGCAUGGGUGCGUGCGUGCUCACGCAGUCCAACCUCGCGCUUACGUACAUGAGGGGCACAAGUGACGUUUAUUCCCCCCUCCUCCCUCACCCCUUCCUCAUCCUCUGUUUUUUGAUCUACCUCUUUAGACAUACAUUUGAAUUAGAGGCAUACUUCUAUUUGUUAGAUUUAGCGUUCUUCUCCCGCUCCCCCUUCCGCUUUCCCAGAUAUUAAUGAAAAUAAACAAAUCAUGUUGUACUCUCUUAGAAUUUAAACGAAUAAUCGAAAAGUGAUCAGAAAUAUUUCCUUUGCCAGCAUUUAUAUAAUCUACUCUUCUAGUUUAGUUGAUUGAAAAUCCUCAAACGUUGCUUUUUUUCUGCUUUUAUUUUUGGUAGUGUGGCUUCCAUGUAUUUAACUUUCUUGCUUGGGUUUUUUGUGAAAAAAGAUCAUUCACCCGUAAUUUGUUUUUGAUUCAAUGAAUGGAUGAUAAGUAAAACUAAUUAUUAAAACUGAAGAAGAAAAGGCCUGCCUUUUUUGUUUCUGGUUUAUGAGACUAACAAUAAAUACUGUCUUUCUUACCUUUGUCUUCAUGGAUGCUACAUUAAUUUGAUAGUGAUUUGUUCUGUUAGCAUUUUCUUAGCUGUGUAACAUGGAAAAUCAUGUUUGUGUGGGGAAAGUGGAGGGACUGGGUUUGGGAGUCCGUUUUUGGAAAAGUGGUCUGAUUUAACCAUGAUUCCCCCCCCUCCCCUGCCCCCUCUCUAUGACCAUGCUUGUGCCCCUUCACCCCCAUCACGCAGCUCCACUUGUCAAACGCCUCUGAAUAAAAUAAAAAAGUGAAAUUGGCUCCUAUGUCCUUCA